CACUCCCCGCCUUGGUCUGCCCGGGCCAUCCACCCCGGUGCCAACAAUGGGGUGGCCUGGUGGCCUCACACUAAGCCCUCGGUAUCCUCGGAGGAAGACGUGAUCUGAUGGAGGCCUUUGAGGCAGGGUGUUCGCGAUGUAACAGGGCAUGUUGCUGUCCCAGGCUGAGAGCUGACAGGCGCGGAGCGCCUCUUCUGCGCAGCCCCACUUAGUUGCCUCCUUCAAAGACUCGUCCCACCGCUUUGGGUUUAAAUUCCGGCCCUUCAAGAAGCCACUGUAACAUCGUGGGUUGCGGGGCAGAGGCUGGGGUUGGAGGUGGGGCUGGUGGGCGCCGACUGGGUCUGGUACCUUGGGCUUGGUUCGCGCGGCUUUAGCACUCAACUUGGUAACUUGGCACUUGGAGGCUCAGAGACUAAGGUCCCUUCUCCAAGGUCACACGGCCAGUGACAGCUGGUGUGUGUGGGGAGGCAGUCGUGACGGUGGUCCCUGAUGGCACCAUUUCAGGCCAGAAGGGGGUUCCGGGUUCGGGAGAAACCCCACCCCGACCCCGGUGCACCAGCCGCCUGAGAAGAGGGGUCCCAGCCGAGGGCUUGGGAGUGAGCACAAAGGCGUCGAGGACGUCAAGGGUGUGAGGCUGGAAGAGGGCGGAUCUUUCUGAAGCCCCUGUGCCUCAGUUUACCCGUUUAACCGAUGGACGGACGCGCCGUUCCCACAGUCCGUGCGACUUUCUCCCCGCCGCCCGCGUCAUGGAACCACCGCUUGACCCCGCCGCUCUCGGCUAAGUUUAGAGCAGAAAGAAAAACAGCGUCGUCUGCAGCGAGAAAACCCCGGCUCAGCCCUAACUCUCCGCACUCGCUUUUGGAUUUGAACCCAGCACCCUGUGACCUCUCCUGGCCUCAGUUUCCCUAUUUAUCCACAGUUGCGCCUUUUCCAGAACCUUUGGGGAGAGGGGAGGGAGGGGUAGGUGGUAGCCAUUCCCGGGCCUCCCCCUCGGAUCGCAGGUUUAGGGUAUCCACCGAAAGUACCCCGCCCCAAGAGUCUCCGCCAGUCACUCCGCCAGCUCCAAGGCCGGGAAAGCGCAAGGAAGCCCCGCCCCUCCGGCUGACGUCACGAGGCGGGAAUUCAGAAGCUCUGAAGUAGAGACUUCUGCGAGAGCCCAACCUGAACGGACCGAGAGCGAUCGGACACAGCCGAACACCCGAAUGGGGCCGGACUAAACCGAAUGUGCCUGACGUGCCUUGAGCGCCACCUCGACCUGCUCGAAAACUUCGUGCGGCCGGACACAGCCGAACAUGCCCGAAAGCUUCCGAACAUACCCGAGUGCAGUCGGAGCUUGGACCUGGAAAAUGGGCUUUCGUGUGGGAGAAGCCUCCUGGACCCUCAGGCCGGAUCUGGCUUUGGCCGGAUCGUCCAAGCGCCUGCCCAGCACAGUCAGAGGCGGGAGUCCUUCCUGUACCGCUCAGACAGUGACUAUGAACUCUCAUCCAAAACCAUGUCUCGGAACUCCUCCGUGGCCAGCGACCUACACGGAGAAGACCUGAUUGUGACGCCCUUUGCCCAGGUCCUGGCCAGUCUGCGGACAGUUCGAAGCAACGUUGCGGCCCUUGCCCACUUGCAAGAUCGCGGGGCCGCCAAGCAGGCGUGCGUCUGUAACACCCCAUCUGGCAGCCAGCCCCCUCCACCAACAGAAGACACUGGGCAGAAGCUGGCUUUGGAGACACUGGAUGAGCUGGACUGGUGUCUGGAUCAGCUGGAGACAUUACAGACGCGGCACUCAGUGGGGGAGAUGGCCUCCAACAAGUUCAAGCGGAUGCUGAACCGGGAGCUGACUCACCUGUCUGAAACCAGCCGCUCAGGGAACCAAGUGUCCGAGUACAUAUCCCAAACCUUCCUGGAGAAGCAGACUGAGGUGGAGUUACCCAGGGCGACCCCCGCGGAGCCCCCAAGGCCCGUGUCCCAGAUCAGCAGCCUGCGUGCACUUCCCCACAGUUCCAGUCUUUCCACAGCCACCGUCCCACGCUUUGGGGUCCAGACGGAUCAGGAGGGGCAGCUGGCCAAGGAACUGGAAGACACCAGCAAGUGGGGGCUUGAUGUGUUCAAGGUGGCAGAGCUAAGUGGGAACCGGCCUCUCACAGCUAUCAUGUUCAGCAUCUUUCAGGAACGGGACCUGCUCAAGACAUUUCAGAUCCCAGCAGACACGCUUGCCACCUACCUACUGAUGCUGGAGAGCCACUACCACAAUGAUGUGGCCUACCACAACAGCCUACACGCUGCUGACGUGGCCCAGUCCACGCACGUGCUGCUCGCCACACCUGCGCUCGAGGCCGUGUUCACAGACCUGGAAGUCCUGGCUGCCAUCUUUGCAAGUGCCAUCCAUGACGUGGACCAUCCGGGGGUGUCCAAUCAGUUUCUGAUUAACACCAACUCAGAGCUUGCACUUAUGUACAAUGAUGCCUCCGUGCUGGAGAACCACCACCUGGCUGUGGGCUUCAAGCUGCUGCAAGCAGAGAACUGUGACAUCUUUCAGAACCUCAGCACCAAGCAGCGGCUGAGUCUGCGCAGGAUGGUCAUUGACAUAGUGUUGGCCACGGACAUGUCCAAACACAUGAACCUCCUGGCUGACCUCAAGACCAUGGUGGAGACCAAGAAGGUGACAAGUCUUGGGGUCUUGCUGCUAGACAACUACUCUGACCGCAUCCAGGUCUUGCAAAGCCUGGUGCACUGUGCUGACCUCAGCAACCCCACCAAGCCGCUACCACUCUACCGCCAGUGGACAGACCGUAUCAUGGCCGAGUUCUUCCAGCAGGGCGACUCUGAACGGGAAUCAGGCCUGGACAUCAGCCCCAUGUGCGAUAAGCACACAGCUUCAGUGGAGAAGUCCCAGGUGGGUUUCAUUGACUAUAUUGCCCAUCCACUGUGGGAGACGUGGGCUGACCUGGUACACCCAGAUGCACAGGACCUGCUGGACACCCUGGAGGACAACCGCGAGUGGUACCAGAGCAAGAUCCCACGCAGCCCUGAGGACCCCACCAGCCCCAAGCAGGGUAGCCCUGACAGAUUUCAGUUUCAGCUUACUCUGGAGGAGGCAGAGGAAGAAGAGGAGGAAGCAUUGGAUGGAGAGGCCUCAAAGUCACCUGACACUGAGCUCCGAUCCUCUGAGGCCAGCCCAGACCCUGGGGCCAGCCCAGACCCUGGGGCCCCACACCUGGAUUACCAGAGGACUGUGGGCAAGCCCUGCAUGGACCAUGAGAGCAAUGCAAUGGCUGAGCCUUUGGGCACCUAAUGGCCCCGGAUGGGUGGGUGGACUUUCCAGGAAGAGAUCCCAGGUGGCCCCUGCUUUGCCUCCCCAGGGAGACAACUGGGCUUUUUGCUACAGGCAGGUCUCAGGGCUGAAUCGGAGGCACCUGGCUGGGGUCCACUCUGACCCUGGGAUCGGCUGAGAGAGCUCUCCAAGGAGCUGGGCUGGUGGGGGCGGGGGGCAGCCUUCUCCAGGGCCCUUGAGUUCUCCCUCCUGGACUUCCACCCCUGGUGUAGAAAGGGAGUGUCUGCCAGGCACCUUUGUCCAUCUUGUCCAGUGGCCACUCUUGAGCCACUCCGUCACUUUAUUCUUUCAUGCUUUAUCAGAUAUUUACUGGGCACGUACUGUGUGCCUGGCCUGUGCCUGUUAUGUGCCUCUGGGGUACCUCUGCACAAGGAGAUGGGGAAUCAGUCUCGAGAUGACGCCUCCCUUAGACACCUCCCCUAAGUCUACCAGGCAGCUCAGUGAAAGAGAACAAGAAUUUGAAUGGGGGAGUUCUCCGCACCAAACUGCAUCUGGACCCAGUUCUGGCUCUGGAGUUCUGGUGGUGAUAGGGGGGUGAUGGUAGGGGCCAAGGAAGAGCGGGCUCUGUGUCAGGAACUGUCUCUGAACGUUGAUUUAGCCUUUACUGCUUGUGCCCUGGAUGUUGCUUUAAGUUGGUGUGGUUUCUGUCUUCAGGUCUAAGGAUCCUGGUUCUCCCUGGCCCUAGGGCCUCCUGCCGGCUCCCUCAUAUUCUCUCCCUUUUCGAGAACAGUAACAAAAGCACAGAAUUCUCCUUCAAGGAAGGUUCUCUCCAUCUUCUGAUUUUGAGGCUGUCUAGACUCCCCAUUGGGAAAAGGAGGCUUCUGACGCUUUCUUAUGAGUCAUCACCCCUUCUGGGCCUCAGUUUCCCCUCUAUGGCCUGAUCCUGGUACAUGGGUAAAUUUUGGUUGGAGGGUGAUGUGUGUGACCUCCCUGAAAUCUCUUAGAAAUAUGGGGCAUUUGCUUGGAUUAAAAUAAACUUUAUCAC